ACCACUGAACCGAGCACGGACCGGAGAAACACACAUAUCAUCUAUUUUUUUUAAUAUCUGCAGUGAUGCAUUAAUAUAGUUCUAACGGUCGCAUAAGCGUUUUUGUCCGUUUUUUAGAGACUUAUUUGCUGGUGUUAUUGUGUCCGGGCGCUUUUGCACGGACUCCUUCUGCGGACUUUACGGCGCUUUUCCAUCUGUGCAGGAGGCUGCAAACAGGACUCCUCUCUGGUGCAUUGAUGCACCCGUUUCAGUGGUGUAACGGGUGCUUCUGUGGUCUGGGACUGGUUUACUCCAACAAGUCGUGCACCAUGCCACCCAUCACCUUCCAGGACCUGCCUCUCAACAUCUAUAUGGUCAUCUUUGGCACGGGCAUCUUUGUCUUCAUUCUGAGCCUCAUCUUCUGCUGUUACUUCAUCAGCAAACUACGACACCAAGCACAGAGUGAACGGUUUGGCUACAGAGAGGUAGUUCUAAAAGGAGAUCAAAAGAAGCUCAAUCUCCAUGGGACGUGUGCUGUGUGUCUGGAGGACUUCAAAGUGAAAGAUGAGCUGGGAGUGUUGCCAUGCCAACAUGCCUUCCAUAGAAAGUGUCUUGUAAAGUGGCUGGAGGUACGCUGUGUCUGUCCCAUGUGCAACAAACCCAUAGCUGGUCCCCCUGAGCAGCACCAUAGCAUAGGGACCCUUCUGGAUGAACUGGUGUAACAAAGACAAAUCCUCACAGCCUAAGGGGGUAUGCCAGCGCCCAACCAAACCAGCUGGUAUAAGAUAGCCACCAACAGGAAGAGGACACUGUUUUCCUGUUAAAACACAGCAAAACGUCAACAGAUGAUAGUGAGUUGGGAUAACCUAGUUAACACCUUGAGCCAACACUCUAAAGGAUGAUGUUGCACAGCAACCAGUCCUGAGAUGUCAACAUGACACCUUGUGGUGUCAACCACCCACACAUCACUCCACCAUUCUUAUGUCAACAUUUUGAAACUUUACACUUUUUCUUGUAGCUUUGAAGAAAGCAGAUGCGCUAUAGUUAGGCUUUUUUUAUUUGGGGUGUGAAGUUAUGAGAGUGCUAUGUAUGGCGUAAGACACAUUCAACCCCUCUGAGUGUAUAUCCAUGUUGGAUAUAGUGGUGAGCACUGAAACAGAAUAAUAGGCCUACGAUCUUAGCCAACAUUGCUGAAAACCUUGGUGAAAAAUCUAUAUCAAGAGGUUGCAUGCUUUUCAUUCAUUCUUUUUCCAAAGCGAUGGUCAAGCAAACCAACAAACAAAUUAGUGGUGUCUGUACAAUUUUCUAGCCAACAGCAGUAAAAUGAGACUUUACACUGUUAACUAGGUGUGCACUCAAAGAUCAUAGAGAAGGGUGGUCAGAAUUUUGAUUACUUCCCCAUAUAUACUGCGUGCACACAGCAACUGGUAUACAAAUAAACAUCUAUAAUACUGGAGAUUAUUAUAGACCUUUGCGAUGUCAUAAAGUAGAAAGGUGAGUUUUUUCUUUUGUAAUGUCAGCACACGGGUAUGUGUUUUGAGUGUUGAGCACCCCAGUAGUUGGAGAAGGCCAAGGACAUGCCCACCUUUCACCUGGCUGUGGCAGAUAGAUAGUUAUUUUAGAGAUGUGGGAAUGGACUGGUUGCCUGCCUGGGUGGUUGCCAUCCGGCGGCUGAGGCAGUUCUGUUGUGCUGUGGAUGAGGCGAAGUGCAGUACCAGCUGAUGGUCCCAGACUUGACUUGAUGUCAAAAGGAAAGAAAGUUGGGUAUUUCUUUGGGAUGUUUGACUUCAUGACAUUAUGUACGUAUGAGAUGAGGUUUUUGUUUAUGACAUCACAGGGAUGAUGGG